AUGUCAAUGCUUUUUAGGAGUUUAAGACCAGGAAUUGUGAACGCUAACAGAGCCGUUGCGUUAAGCAAGUUCACUUACUCUAAGAAUCCAUCACCUCUUCUUCGGUUUAACAGCAGUGAUUCAAAAAGUACCAAGAAUAACUUAGCUAAGAUCAAUGAAAUUGUAAAUGAAACGCAUACAGACAGGGAAUUGGUGAGUGGUGCUCCUGCAGAGCUUGCAUACACGGAUAACAGAGUUGUUCACAUAUAUAAACAAGCCAAGUCGGCAACACAGUCAAGUGAGAGAAACAGCAAGUUCUGGAAACUGGAGUGGGAUAUCAUACCGAAAGGGAAUAGAUGGGAGAAUGAUUUAAUUGGCUAUCAGGGUACAUCAGACUAUAUGCAUUGUACUGAUCUAAAGUUUGAUACGAAAGAAGCUGCAAUCCGUUUCGCUGAAAGUCAAGGCUGGGACUACGAAGUGUCCAAACCUCACAAAAGAAAGUUUGAAGUUAAGCAGUAUGCCUUUAAUUUUAUUCAUUCGAAGAAACCAUUGAAGAUCAUCAGAUGUAAAUAA